CAAUCGCAACGCGGCAUGGACAUUGCUUGGGCGGAGCCGCGCCUCCUAUUGGUGCUCCGCUCAGCAAGGGGGAGGGCCUCCGAGCUCAGCUCGAGCACAACAAGAGCCCCCGGCGCAGGAGGGAAUCGGGGAAAGAAGUGCAAGGAAGCCGAUGGAGUGACAAAAGCGACUCUGAAGCGACCAACAAGCGGGGCCGCUGCUCCCAGCUCACGGGUGGACUCCAACAGCCAGCGCGAGACGAUGUCCCGUCAGCCCUGCGAUGACAGCAAAACAGCCGUGGGGGGCCCAGGCUGCGGCCGGCUGGUGGCGGCGGCGGCGGCGACGGCGUCGCUGAGCGGCCUGAUGCUGGGCUACGAGAUGGGCCUGACGUCGGGCGUGCUGCUGCAGCUGCGCGGCGUCCUGUCGCUGUCGUGCCGGCAGCAGGAGCUGCUGGUCAGCUCGCAGCUGCUGGGCGCGCUGCUGGUCUGCCUGGCCGGCGGGCCCGUCCUGGACCGCUACGGCCGGCGGCGCUCGCUGCUGCUGAGCGCCGCCCUGGUGGUCGCCGGCACCCUGCCGCUGGUGGCCGCCGCCUCGCUGGCGGCCUUGGCGUCGGGCCGCGCGGCGGUGGGCAUGGGCACCUCGCUGUCGGGCACGGCGGCCUGCCUGUACAUCGCCGAGAUCUCGCCGCGGGAGCGCCGCGGCCUGCUGGUGACGCUGUACGAGCUGAUGCUGGUGCUGGGCGUCAUGCUGGGCUUCGGCUGCAGCUGCGCCUUCGCCGCCACGCCCCGCGGCUGGGCCUACACCUUCGGACUGGUCAUCCCCGCGGCGCUGCUCCAGAUGGGCGCCCUGGCCUUCCUGCCGCCCAGCCCCAGGUUCCUGGUGGCGCGGGGCCAGCCGCAGCGGGCCAGGGAGGUCCUGGCGCGCCUGCGGGGCGGCGCCGAAGAGCGGGUGGAAGAAGAGCUGCGGGAGAUCCAGAUGGGCCUGAAGGAGGAGUCGGAGCGCAGCUUCGCCGAGCUCUUCGGCGCCAAGUCCAACCUGCGCUCGCGGCUCCUGACGGGCGCGGCGCUGGUCUUCCUCCAGCAGGCCACGGGGCAGCCCAACAUCCUGUCCUACGCCUCGCCGCUCCUGCGCGGCGUGGGCUUCCGCAGCGACGCCGCCGCCACGCUGGCCUCCACCGGCUUCGGCGCCGUCAAGGUGGCGGGCACCAUCCCCGCCGUGCUGCUGGUGGACCGCGUGGGGCCCAAGAGCUUCCUGUGCGCGGGGGCGGCGGGCAUGGGGGUGUCGCUGGCGGCGCUGGGCGCGCUCACCCUGCACAGUCGCACGCACCUGUCCAGCCUGUGCGUCAGCCAGCUGCCGUCUAACCGCAGCGGCGCCUGGCGGGACGCCGACGCCGCCGACGCCUCCCCGACGCUCGUCCCCGGCACCCCCGUCUGGCGGACGGACGGCGACAACGGGACGCUGCGAAGCGGGCCCGCGGACCGCCACUCCUCUUGGCUCAAGUGGGCGUCGCUCUUCAGCUUGCUGGCGUUUGUGGCCGCCUUCUCCAUCGGCCUCGGGCCAAUGGUGUACGUGGUCGUCAGCGAGAUCUUCCCCGCGGGCAUCCGAGGGCGAGCCGUGUCGGCGGUGUCGGCCGUCAACUGGGCCACCAACCUGCUCAUGUCCAUGACCUUCCUCACCGUGACGGAGAAAGUCGGCGUUCCGACAAUGAUGUUCCUGUACGCCGCCCUGAGUUUCGUCCUGCUGGUGUUCGUCAUCCUCUGCGUGCCCGACACCCGAGGACGCACGCUGGAGGAAAUCUCCAAAGAGCUGGCCAAAAAGAAGCACUUUGAAUUCAGCCUGUGCAAAAAGGUGCAAAAUCCAGCGAGGGGCGGCACGUCCGGCGAGAUGGCCGCCAACAUCCUGUGAGCGACGGACGAGUGCGCUCGUCAAACCAACAUGCGAUGGAACAAAAGAGCCUCUCUUCUUACCACACGCUCGGCUUUCUGCGUCCUUCUGUUCAUGACACACGACGCCGUCUAUCUUGGUUGGGGGCUUUGCUUCUUUUUCUCUCGCUACGAUUAGUAUUUAUGUGUCAUAUGCUUGAAUGAUUUUAGAAAAUAUUGUUUCCAGACUUGGACAAUUCUAACGGUCAAACUGUAUCAUGUACAUCUUGGAAUUGGGCUUUUCAGUCUUUUUUUUUAUGACCACAUGACCUACUCCAUGACUUUUUUAAUGCUGGCCAUUAUGGUGGCACCGGUACCUUUGAGUACUUUUCAAAGUGGUACUUUGUGUCAACAGCAUCUGGCUGCUCUCAAUUUCAAAAUGGCAGAACAGCGCCAUCUACAGGAAUGGGAGAGUCUUUGCAGGCAGUGGUUUCAAAAGUGAAUUUCACAGACCCGCGAAAAGACAUUUUGGACUUGACACAUCGUUCCGGGCGAUCGAUUUAAACGUCCGCGGCAGUGAAGGCGUUCCAAAAGCAAAUGUCCAUCCGACAUUAAAAUGUGGGAUUUGAAAUCAA